AUGGCCUCUACUCUUCAAGCUUCUACCUUCUUCUUUGCUUUCAUACUGAAGUUCAUGUUCAUGGCAGAGCAAGCCCUAGCAGGGGGGAUAUUUCGACCCAGUCAAUGGGCUCUUGCCCACGCCACCUUUUACGGUGAUGAGACUGCUUCCGCUACUAUGGGAGGAGCAUGCGGGUACGGCAAUUUGUUUCAAAAUGGUUACGGGACAGACACAGUGGCUUUAAGUUCAACGUUGUUCAACAAUGGUUAUGCGUGUGGAACUUGUUAUCAGAUAAAAUGUUACCAAUCAAGCGCGUGUUAUAACAACGUAGCUUUCACCACAGUGACUGCCACCAAUCUUUGCCCUCCUAAUUGGGCUCAACCCUCCGACAACGGAGGCUGGUGCAACCCACCACGAGUCCAUUUUGACAUGGCUAAACCCGCCUUCAUGAAAAUUGCGCAGUGGAAAGCUGGCAUCAUCCCUGUUCUUUACCGCAGAGUGCCAUGUGGAGCGAAGGGAGGGCUUCGAUUCUCUUUUCAAGGAAAUGGGUAUUGGCUAUUGGUGUACUUGAUGAACGUGGGAGGUGGAGGAGAUAUUUCAAGCAUGUCGGUGAGAGGAAGCAGGAGUGGAUGGAUCAGCAUGAGCCACAACUGGGGUGCUUCAUAUCAAGCAUUUGCAACUCUUGGUGGCCAAGCUCUUUCUUUCAGGAUUACUUCGUACACCACCAGGGAAACUAUUAUUGCAUGGAAUGUUGCUCCUUCCAAUUGGAACGUGGGACUAACUUAUUCCACCACAGUUAACUUCCGCUGA